ACAAAGGUGAUUACAUUGUAUACUGUUGAGGGAAAUGCUUUGCAUUACAACAUGACAGACAAGACUAGCAAGAAAUCCCUAAUGAGGAGAAGACAGAAAGGUGGCAAAGAGAACUGUGCGAAGACGUCUACUGUGGUGAAGGGCAGAAGACAUGGAGAUGACUGGAGGCAAUGGCGACUUGGACUAUGAUGGUUAUAGUAACUCAAAGCCAUCACACAGGGGCAUGAAACAGGCUUAUUCACUUUCUGGUAAUCAUGUAAUCUCAUGGUCUCUUAUUGAUGAAUAUGAAGAAAAGAAUAAUUCACACAAGUAUAUACAAGAGUGCCCUAAGUCAGAUGAAGUUUUGGCAGACUGGAUAAUUGAAAAAAGCAAGAUUCAGAACCAUAAUGGCGAACUGCCUUUAUUUAGACAAGGACUGCUCUCAGCAAGGAAGGAUGAACAGCUGUCAGGUCAGUCCUCACUCUACAGCCCGAAGGCAUCAAAAGCUGGGAGAGAGGAAGAGCUAUUCUGCAGACAAGCACAAUCACACAGAUAUCUGAUGGCCACUGUGUCUGAGUCAUCCUUGAGUGACCCCUCCAUCGAUCGAAAACCACAGGUUACUACUUACACUGUCCUGUUUGGCAGGCCAACACGAUCAAGUCUUUUACGGUCUGCACAUCAAUCUGCAUGUAUAAGUAGAAGCAUUCCAGUGGAGCACAAGCUACGGAAAACAUCUUCUGAGGCUUGUUCAGGAAGAGCUUCCAAGCAAAAAGGGCUUCAAGCGAUGUCUCUAGAAGAGACGGUCCAUUCGUUUUUGACUGGAGCACGAUACAACAGGAGCUGCCUUGAUUCUCAAGCCUUUCAGAAAUAUGGGCUAUUCAUUUCUAAAAGUCAGCCUGGUGUGUCAUUCCUUGCACAGUGUGGAGUGGAUCGCCAAAGGAAGCAGGAUCAGAGCAAGGAGCCAGUUCAAAUGCCGAUGAAAAUGGAAAAUGACAAUUCCAAGUUUUUUGAAAAACAUCCAAAAAUUUCUGCUGACUUUCAUUCUAAAAAGAUGAUGAAACGUGUGAAUUAAAACAGAAAGUUUCAAAUUCUUCUAAUGCUAUAGCAUCUUGAUGUAACAGAAAAUAUGUACAUUAUUAUAUAAAAUCUAAUGGGGAGUUAACAAUGGUACAUUUUUACCAAACAAAGUAUGGGACAAAACUACAUAACAGUAUAUAUUUUAUUAGGAGAAGGGUAGAAUAAAACACAAAUGCUCUCAAGCAGACCGACAUGUACUUUCCAAUGCGUUUAAAAUAAAAUUUUGGCCCGGAUUCACAAAGCACUUUCGCCGACGUAUCUCCAGAUACGC